GAUCCCCUCUACCCUGUCUCUUUUGCUCACACAGCAUGGAUCCUUUCUCCAACUUUAUUGCGGUGUUUUAGAGUUGAUUUGUGUUGCUUUGGGAAUAAGGGACUUCGUUAACUCUUCUGGACACCAUGUUUACCACCACCGGCUCUCGGGGGCUGUACAAGGCUCCUCUGUCUAAAGGCCUCCUGCUGGUUCUCAAUUGUCUGACUGUGAUGCUCAAUCUGCUGCCUCAGUACCAAGAGCUAUUCGUAUACAACCUGCAGGCUGUCGCACAGCAGCACCAGGUGUGGAGUUUGUUGUUUGGCAGGGUGAUCUGUCUGGACGUGAAGGACGCCUUCUGCAGCAGCCUGCUCAUCUACAACUUCAGAAUCUUUGAGAGGAGGUUUGGCACCAGGAAGUUUGCUUCCUUCCUGUUUGGUACUUGGGUUCUCUCUGCGUUGAUGGACUUCCUGCUGGCCCAGGCUUUCCAGUUACUGUUUGACUAUGAGGUGGAGGAACUGCCUGCAGGACUGCUCGCUCCAGUCUUCUCUCUGUUCGUGCCUUUCUACCGGCUGAUCCCCCGGAUGCCAGUCACACAGGUCCUGGGCCACAUCCACAUCACCAACAAGUCUCUGGUCUACAUAGUGGGCUUGCAGCUGUUGACGUCCAGUCCCUUCAUGUGGCUCCUUGCACUCAGUGGACUUAUCUCAGGCGGACUGUACCACUCCAAUUUUCUGUGGGUGCAGAAGCUCCUCUUUGUUCCCGCCUGGGUGUCUUGUAUUGGGCGGUAUAUUCUAGAGCCACUCUUUUCAACCUCCCAGCCCAGCAGUGAGACGCCUGUGGGGAUGGGGGCCACUCUGGACAUCCAGAGGCAGCAGAGGAUGGAUAUACUGGACCAGCAGCUGCUGCUCGCCCAAUAUAACGAGUCCACGAGGAACACCAGACCACAGCCACAGCCUGGGUUCUUACAGUGGACCAGGUUGUUCCCCUCCCUCAGACAAAGAGUUCCGAACCGACCCCCGGUGCAGCCCCCCCCCCAGGCUGAGGCACAACCAUCCACACAGUCGCCGCUGCUGGACAACUCUCCUGUGGCCGAGGAGCAGGUUGCACUUUUGGUGGAGAUGGGCUUUACCAGGACAGAUGCCCUGGAGGCCCUCAGAGCUUCAAACAACGACAUAAACAUGGCAACCAAUUUCCUCUUGCAACACUGAGAGAGUGAGAGAGCAAACAGAGGAGGACAGAGAAAAGAACCAGGAAGAGGAGAAACCAAAGCAAAGGAGCGAAAAGCAAAAAAGAAAGAAAUGUAAGACAGUGAAUGAUGGACAAAUUGUACAGAUAAUCUGAAGACUGUGUCAAUGCUCGCUGAAGCAGUUGUCAGGCUGACUCGACCUGAACCGAGUCCGAUAUCAGGCUGAUUAAUGGAGAGGUGUGAAGCACAAGCUGGGAGACAUUUGCGUCAUAGCUUUCUGAAGGCCGCUAUAGUGUGAAGCAGAGCGUCAAAGCUCAAGGCAGACGAGUUACACCUCUAAAUCUGAGGGGUUUCCCUGGGGAAAAUAUACGACAGUGCAGUAAAGGGAAUAUGAGGCGAGUUAUUUCCUUAAACAGAAGUGAUGCUGAAGCACAGGAAUCAGCUGGGAUCCAACUCGCCGUCCACAGGGGGUAACAGAGAGAAGUACCAACUUACAGCUGUGGGGAAAAAACACUGUCCUGUAACGCCACUCUACUUUCAAAGCAGCUAACCAUCAGUAGCAGGUUUACUGCCAAGUAGGUUAACACAUUUGCUUUGGUAUACAACUAGCAUCUUAGACCCUGAAUACUGCUAAUAAAUGAUAUAUAUGACAGGGGUAAAAUAGCAUAGGGAAAUAAAUCAAAAAAGAUAAUGCCUUCUUUAUUCAUUCAAAUUUCAAUGAGAACUUCAGGCCAUCAACUUUUGGAUGUUUAUUUUCUUUACAAAGACAACAGGAGUGAAACAUGAAUGGAGGAUGAGGAAGUGCAGAGGCCAUCCUAACAAUUUCAGAAUUCUUGAUUUAAAAAUCCAUAAAACUACUCUAGUUUUAUUUUAUUACAUCAUGGUUAUUUAUUUAUUUUGGCAGUGUUUCAUAGAGGUUGCAGGGCUCAAACCUUUCCUGCUUGGGAUGUUUUAACAAAGCCUCACUGACAGUUACUGUAGGAGCCACCUCUAAAAGUACAUUGUGGGUCACAGCCAGCUAUCUCAGGGUCUUUGAUGCGACUUAAAAUUACGUGAUCAUAUUUACAGAUAUGGGUGCCCAUUAAACACAUGCAAAGUAUCCCUUUGAAGAGGACGUCAUGUUUCACACUCUUGUUUCUGUAUGACGUCAUUUCAUGCAAACUCCAGGUUUUAUUUAUUCUGUCUUAUCUGAGUUUGAGUGUUUUCUCUGCCAGCACACAUGUCUGGAUAUUGUUAAGUCUCAAAAGGCUGGUGAUAUUUAUUAUGCAAUAUCCUGACGAGACAUUAAUGGAGACUAUUCACGUGCAUAGUAUCUACUUUGUGUAUAUAAACAUGCAAACAUGUCGUGCAAGAGAAGUCACACUGCAGCCACUAUGUAUUGAUGUCAAAGACAGAUGCUAGUUUUAUAUUUUGUGCAUAAUAAUAUUAAUAAUAUAUGACCACUGAGAUGAGUCUGUCGUGCGUGUAUGUAUUUUAAGAGUGGUAUAGUAGUAUAUGGGUGUGCUGAGGAAGUUGUUGCAUGGACAACUUUCUGGUGAAUUGUAAUGAAUCAUUUGAUCUGUGGAAUAAAUUGCAGACUGAAUUAA